AUGAGUGCUGAGGCUGCCGUUCAGGACCAAGGGCUCGUCAUCCCGCUCAUUGACUUUUCCCUCUUCCUCCACGGCUCUCCCGCCGAGCGCGCCUCCACCGCCCGCGCCGUCCUACACGGCUUCCAGACCGCCGGCUUCGUCUACCUCGUGCGCCACGCCAUCCCGCCCGCCGCCGUCGCCGCCGUCUUUGCGCGCUCCGCCGCCUUUUUCGCCCAGCCGGCCGCCGACAAGGAAGGGCUGCGUCUGACCGACGCCGCCGCCAACCGCGGGUAUCUUUGCCAGGGCCGCGAGAAGCUCGUCAUUUCGCCGCCCGAGGAUGGCGGACGCGGCGCUGCUUCUUCUUCUUCUGCGGCGGCGGAGGGGGCCGCGGACCUCAAGGAGAGCUUCGAGAUUGGCCGCGAGCCGCACGAGGACUUUCGGAACCACUGGCCGGCACAAGGCAAGGUGGAUGGGUUCCGCGAGGAAAUGAUGGCCUUUUUCGAAAUGUGCCAGGAGCUGCACGUGCAGGUCAUGAGGGCCAUCGCCAUGGGCCUCGGGCUUGACGAGACGCACUUUGAUGGCUUCGUCGACUGCGCGGACAAUACCCUCCGAUUGCUCCAUUACCCACAGGUCAAGGCAAACGUCUUUAAAAAUAAAGUCGGCCAACUCCGUGCCGGCGAACACACUGACUAUGGCUCCGUCACGCUGCUCUUUCAGGAUGACCGCGGCGGCCUGCAAGUUCGCUCGCCGUCGGGCAAGUUUGUCGACGCCACGCCCAUUCCCGACACCAUUGUCGUCAACGCCGGCGACCUCCUCGCGCGCUGGAGCAACGACACCAUCAAGAGCACCAUUCACCGUGUCGUCGAGCCCCCGCACGACAACGACAAUGACGACGUCGUCUACCCACCGCGCUACAGUGUCGCCUACUUUUGCAACCCAAAUGCCGACAAGCUGAUUGAGGCCAUGCCGGGGACGUACGCCGACGAGGCGGACAAAAAGUACGAGGGCAUCACGAGUGGCGAUUAUCUCUUUCAGCGACUGGCUGCCACGUACUAG